AUGGAGGAAUCGGUGGAUUAUUGUCGGGAGCAAGAAGAGACCUCAACUUUGCGGUCUCGGGCGAACGAAAGGAGCCCCACCAAGUGGACGGAUGAGAAACAUAGCCUAUAUCUGGAAUCUAUGGAGGCUACGUUUGUCAAUCAACUCAACAAAUCCUUAAAUUUUUUCGGUCGGCACUCGCACAAAAGCUGCCAGUCGGGGUCGAAAUCGUCCAAGCACAGACAUGGCAACUUUCAUGCUCCAUCCGGCCAGUUUACGGUUCGUCAUGAUGGUCGCUGGCCGAAAAUUGAUUUCAGCAAUGCAGAGGUGAUAGGUCAGAAUUUCAACGAGGAAGGUCUCGAGGAUCAAGCUAGCCGGGUGCACGAAAUCAAGAGAACGAGAACAUCGUCCAGCAAUGAUCAAGUUGUCCCUUCUGAGAAAAUCGGUUAA